GGUGUUCGUUUCUUGGCAGCCAUUUUGGCGCGAACUAUUUUUCGCCGAGCCUCCCCAGCUCGAGCUGUUCCGAAUCGCUCGCCCACUUUCGGGCUGCCCCUCGGCCUACCCCGCCGACCAGCCCCAGCGAUUGCGAUGGCGCACAUGUCUCCGCGGGGUGCCUGGGGCAGCUCGGGCAUGGGCUACGCUGGCCACGGCGCCGGGUACGGGGGAGGCUAUGCCGGGGGAGGCAUGGGCCACGCUGGCCACGGUGCCGGCGUGUACGGUGGCGGUGCCGAUUGCGGAACUGCCUGCUGCGCCGGGGCCACCGCCGCCAUGGGCUGCGGUCCUGGCUGCGGCGCGGGGUGCGCUGAGGCGACGGGCUGCGGAAGCGGCGUGGCGGGCGGCGUGGGCGGCGGCUGCUGUGGCGCGGGCGCAGGCGGCAGCACCAUCUUGAGCUACGUGGGCGCCGGGGGCGACUACGCGCAGGAGACGACGUACAGGUACGUCGGGGCGGGCGCGGGCGAGUUCGGGGUGCUCCGCAUUCCUGGCCGUGGCCCCAACUGCUGCCUGUUCCUCCUCAUCCCGGGGCUGCUGUCCCUGCUGCUGCUCCCGCUGCUCCUGUUCUCGCUCGCCCCGGGGAGCACCACGACCACGACCACGACCACGACCACCACGCCGUUCAUUCCGCCGUCCACAGCGCCACCCGACACCACCACCACUACCAAGAAGACGACCACCAGGCCGCCUCCCCCGCCGCCGCCCCCGCCGCCGCCGCCCCCGCCCCCGCCGCCUCCGCCUCCGCCCCCGCCGCCAGCGCCCACGACCACCAGGAUCAACUGCGGCGAGGGCGCUCCAGCGUCGUGGAACGAGGCGAAGAAGGUGCAGUGCUGCCUCAUGGAGAACAAGGGGUGCCCGACCACGUCGACGUCACCGUGCCCCAUCGACUGCAAUGCAGGAUACAACGACCUCGACCCGCUGCAGUGGGUGCGUGGCUGGUCCGGCGAGAAGAAGUUGCCGGACGCUCCGCGCCUCCGGCGGGCGGGGCCCGGCGGCUUCUGCUGCAGGACCGCCCAGCGGGGGUGCCCCUCGGAGCUGCCGCCCCCCUCGGGGCUGCCGCCCUCGGGCGAGGCCCCCGCCCCGGACACCAGCGUCUACGACUGCGACGCCGGGUACCACCACUGCAUGCACUGCCUGGAGCUGUCGUGGUCCCCCCGGAAGAUCCAGUACUGCUGCGCCAACCUCCACAAGGGCUGCAAGGGCGAGGAGCCGGAGUAGAGCGAGCGCGUGGUCUCGGCGGCGCGCCCGGGGCGGCGGAGGGCGCGGGCCUCGCCAGGAGCCUCGGGCGGCCCGCGGCCUUCUGAGAAGCCUGCGGAGACUUCUCCGAGGACGCGGGGCGGCUUCUCAGAAGCCCGGGGGGCCUUCCGAGAAGCCCCGUGGCCCUCCGAGAAGGCCGGCCCUCUCUCCUGCUGCCACCGUCGGCGCGCCGCUGGUGGAGAGGGCGGCCGCGCCGGGGCGGCUGGGCGAGCCGCCGGCAGCCUGCAGACACGCACCGUGGAACCACGGCAUGUCUGGGAGCAUCGCUCGGCCACCUGCCCGCUCGGGCCCUCCUUCGCGAGGGGCGCAUUGUUUUUUUGUGACAGCGCGGCAGGGCAAAGCUACGUGCGCGCGCUGCACAGCUCGGGCGUCGCCGCUGGCGGGCCAGCAGUCGCGGUGCGAAGAGGGAGCCACGCAUGAUGCGUGUCCUUGCUCUUGGUGAGACACGCAGUGCCAGCGCAGUCGGGUGCGAGAUUUUGCGCACAUUUGGAAAA